AUGCUCCUCAACCUCCCGUCUAGUUCUUACUGGCCCACCGCCAUGUUAUUUACCAUCCUCUAUCAGUUUCUGGCACUCCAAGUCCAUGGGCUCGCAAUUUCCUAUUGCUCGCCGGAGAACAAUGCUGGCUCGUUCCCAGUCUACUCGUACAUAUACCAAUCCAAUGGAGAAUGUCAAGGUCAUUGCCAAGGAUCCUAUGCCUUUGCUGUCCUUCAAGGCGAAAAUUGUUGGUGCUCCAACUAUAUUCCCCUGGAACAGGUCAGCACCUCUGAUUGCAAUCAACAAUGUCCGGGCUUUCCAGAUGAUUGGUGCGGCUCCACCGAUGCCGGCUUAUAUGGUUAUUACCUCCUUGGCGCAGCCAAUCCCUUGGGUACCUCAUCUGGAAUCGUUGCGUCCGAUUCUACCACGGCGUCAUCUCCCUCGACUCGGUCAUCCACUACUCGAGGUUCAUCGACAAGCACAUCCUCAUCCGCGGCCUCCCAAACCCCAACGGAAAUCUACACGAGCAUCACUACCGUGACUGGUGAAGUUCGUACCGUCGUAAUUACUCCAAGCUCCACAGCUACUUCCGAUGCUACGCUUGGGCAGUCCUCUACGGGAGGGGCUGGUGGAGUCAACACAGGAAAAGUCGUUGGGAUCGUUCUUGGAGUUGUACUGGGAAUCAGUGUGUUCAUAGGAGUCGCUGUGUGGCUAUGGUUUAGACGGCGGCGUCAACAUCGUGAGCAGGCGUCCGGCACCGAGAGCACAUACACCAAUCAAACAGGCGAAAAAUCUCCCUCAAACAACAUCCCGUCGCGGCAAGUUAGUCAACUGUCGUCAUCGGGACUGCUGGGGACCAAGGCCCCUCGAAUCAACACACAGGGGAUGACACCAGGUAAUGAUCCACGAAGCGCCAACACGGCGUCGUCAGCAUUCGACCGGCGAAGCGUGAAUACGGACGCUAGACUUAACCCGUAUGCGCUGUAUAUUCAUGACGAGAGCCGCCUCAGCGAUGUAUCGCUUCAAGACAACCAAGAUUAUUCGCGACAAUUAAGAGUAGGUUUUGACCGAAUUGUCCGGGAGUUCCGCUGUGCUAAUAACUGUCUAGGUCGCAAAUCCUGA